CUCUAGAGUUCUCUCUCCUUCCAACUAGGUCUAUUAUUCUAUAUAAUACGAUGCAUUGAGUUGAACUUAAACAGAUAGCAAAACUCAAAAGAAAAUUAAAAAGAAGAACAAACCGAGAUGAAUAGCCUAAAAUUUCAAAGAGUUUUAAUUGCAUCAUUCUGUUUCUUCCUCCUCCAGUCGUACGCAGUGCAAGGGCUAGUCAGAAUCGGUUUGACGAUGGGUAAUAAUACUUCAUUCAACAAAAACGGAGUGGGGAUGAUAACUUCUGACGAAGAUAUCUAUUACGGAGAAAUAACAAUUGGUACACCGGGGCAACGUUUCACAGUCGUGUUUGAUACCGGAAGCAGCGAUCUUUGGGUACCAUCUGGAAAUUGGAAGGGCAAGAAGCCUCACAAUCUUUACGAUUGGAAGAGAUCAAGUACUUUUAGACCAACGGGAAGAAAACCGGUAACCAUCACUUACGGGACAGGUUCUGUCAUAGGCGUUCUAAGCCUUGAGACUGUCAAUGUUGGUGGAACUACAAUAACUGGACAGAACUUUACAGAGGGUCGUUCUACUCCGACUGACAAAGACCCACUUCUAGGAGAAACCUUUGAUGGUAUAUUGGGACUUGGGAAUCCUAAACUUUCUGUGACUAGAACUAGUCCUGUCUGGGAGUCGAUGGUGAAACAAGGCAAGAUUGAACAGAAAAUUUUCUCCAUAUGGUUUGGGAGGUCUAAAGACUCUGGAGCAGGAGGUGAGAUAGUGUUUGGAGGCAAAAACCCAGCUCACUAUACGGGAGAGCACACUUACGUCCCCGUGAGCGGGGUUAGAUACUUCUUCCAAAUGAACAACAUAUUUGUCGGAACCAUAGACACCAAGAAAUGCUCUACAGGCUGCCAAGUGUUUGUUGACUCAGGCUCUUCAAGCAUUCGUGGUCCACCGGGUUUGAUAGCGGACAUCAAUGGGAAAAUCGGAGCAGAACAAAAAUGCUCAAAUUUGGAGAAGCUGCCUGAUGUAACCUUUACAAUAUCAGGAAGAAGUUUCUCAAUCAGUCCACGUGAUUAUAUACAUCAGGUCGAUAAUUAUUGCACAAGUAGGUUCCAGGCCGAGACGGAAGCUGGAGUUAACUACUGGACACUUGGCUUGCCAUUCAUGCGAGCAGUUCAUACGGUGUAUGACUACAGUCUACCAAAUGUGCAUAUUGGCUUUGCUAAGUCGGUUUAGAUUCUUACUAGAACUAAGGAUUUAUAAAUGUUUUCUGAUAUGAUGUACUGACGACUGAUCAUAUGAAAAGGGUCACUAAUGUCAGAAAAUAAAUAAUUUUUUACCAUCUA